CGGCCUGACGCCGCGGCGCCGCCAUCUUGUCCGGGCUGAAGCGAAGCUGCCGCGAUGCCGGAGGACUGGGACCGCGAGGUCUACAAGCAGCCGCCGACGCGCACCCCGGUCGUCCAGCAGCAGCCCUACAACCCGAUCGGCCUCUUCGAGAAGUGCUUCUAUUACGGCGUCGAUAGGCCCGUCACCUAUUUCCGAGACUGGAUGAGCCGUCAGCACGCCAAGCACAAGUUCUACUACUACCACCGGCAGUACCGUCGCGUGCCGUACAUCUCCGAGUGCUUUGAGAACGACGUGCUGUGCAUCUUCGAGGCGGAGAUGCAGUUCGUCAGGGACAGGAAAGUCGAUCGGGAAAUCGUGAGGAUAAUCCAGGACAGGUUUAAAGUCUGUCAGUACAGGGAAGGGGAGGCUUACCUUCAAAACUGCGCCAAGGAGUUGCAGCAAUUUAUGGACGUCGCCAAAGCCUUUGAGCUCAGAUAUGCUGAUCUGGACAUGUAUCGUGGCGCUAGACAAUGCUUAAUGAAGCAGAAGCACAGAAUGAUCGAAGAAAGGAAGCAGGCGCAGGCAGAAGCGAACAAGCACUGAACGGUUGCUGCAGACGUAGGACGCCAGAACGUGGUAUUGCGUUAUAUGCAUCGUUGCACCGUGGUAUGGUCUGUAAGCUGUAUAGUCUUUAACUCCAAUAAAACAGGCAGGGAUCUCUGCCAAACUGA